AUGUCAGAAUAUAUAAAAGCGCCCAACAAAAGAAAAGGAAAUAUCGGGUUAUUAUCGGCAUUAAAGAAAGUUCACGGAUGCCCCUCGUAUGUGCGACGUACUCGCGAGGCCGCAGCGCUCGUAAUUCAUCGGCCCUCUUCGGUAGCGGUCGGGUUUCUAGUGUGUCGCGAUACUCCAUAUACGAGUCAGGCAGCUGCUACGGAGAGUAAAAGAUUGUGCCAAAACCAGCUAAACACGCCAAUUAAAGUCAGAGAUGUUGUGUUAGCGUGACUUGACGGUUUGUUUUUCUUUGAUGAACACUCGUCAUGGUUAUAUGGUAGAAAGACUUAUUUAGAUAGAUGGCAAAUCGUGAAUACGGGUGGUGUCAGAAAAAGUUUCCCAAAAUGGACGGACAUCAGGGAACAGUUUUUGGAAUAGCACUGCUUCCUACAUUUUGUCCACAAAAUGGAGAGUAAACGAUUUACACAAAAA